UCUCAGCAGGUGCGCGAGGACUUUGGAGAGUUCAUGACUCCUAGUGACAUCCCUGUUCUGCAAGUUCUCGCUGCUGCACUGCGCCGCUUCGUGACAGCAUACAUAAUAUUCGGCGCUCUCGAUACCGUUGUGUGGCUCACGUACCCUACGAGAGGCGAGGGACUUCCUCUGAUAAUCAUACUGCCCUUCCAGACGGACCACUCGUUUGGCUGGCUCGUUGGUUGGUUGAUCUGCGCCUACAUCACAGCAGAUGCUCUGGCGUUCAACGCCAUAAUUGAUUGCUUAAAUAUCUGCCUCAUGGAGCAACUCCGUAUGCAACUUAUAAUUCUAAGAAAGCACAUUGACGAAUUGGGCAAUGGAGGUGAAGGCACACAAUACUCGUCAUCGCAAAAGGGUUCCAAGAGGACUUUGGAACUUGACGAUUAUUUAACUGAACAUCAUGACAGUUGUAAACUACAGGAUACUAUACAUCAACAACAACAUACAAAGGCCUUGUUCGCGAACGAGGGCACCAAAGGAAGUCAACUGUCAUCUGAAUAUGCCAGUGCUGGCGAUAUUCACAGUCGAUUGCGCAGUAUUAUCCUUCACCACCAAGCUGUUAUCAGGAACGUUGAGUCACUUCAGGACUGCUUGGGAAACAUGCUACUGGUUCAGAGCGCCUCCCUCGGUUCUGUUCUCUGCAUUUUGUUGGUACAGAUAGCUCUGAGUGCACAAGGAGCCCGAGAAACUGGGAAGAUCUGCGGCUACAUGUUUGCAAUAUUUAGUGAGCUCUUGCUCUACUGUUGGUUCGGAGACAAACUAAUGGUGGAGUGCGAGAAUUUGACGCUGGCGAUAUACGAUGCGGUGACGUCACUACACGAAUGCCCCACGUCCAUCAAACGGUCGCUGCUCCUACUCAUGCUGAGAUCUCAGCGGCCAUUAUGCAUCACUGCUGCAGGAUUCUUCCCUCUCUCCAGAGAGUCUUUCGUGGCGAUCUUAAACCUCUCUUAUUCGUUCUUCGCCAUUCUUCGAAAUUUCAAGGAGGAUUAAAGAUGGAUGGACUCUGCUUCUACACGCACUGUUGUUUUAUUGUGGUAUAAUACCCCUG